GGGAGACUGCAGUGUUGUUAGUUUGAACAAAAUGGCUGCGAGACCACUGUCAACGAGAGCUCACUGAACGCCUACCAUGAGUGUCCGCUCCGCCGUCUGGAUCAACACAGAAUGUAUUUCCCCGGAGUCGCUACUCAUUUUGCAUUUGCGGUAGCCAGUCCGUCGCUAGUCGUCCAACCGACGACUUAAACAACAAAAACAACAAAAAUCUUUUGCACUUUAAAACAAGUUGGGUGGCUGGCUGACGGCCGUCGGCUUGCUCCGCGAGAAGUCAUCGGCGAUUUUUUUUUUUUUUUUAACGAAAACUGCCUGAUUUCUCUGGUUUGCAAAACCUUGCAACGGUCGACGAUUUACGACGCCAACCAGCUAACGUUAGCUUACAUAAUUUAGCUGCUUUUAAAAGUCCUUUUAAUCGUGUUCGUAUUUUUUUUGUUUUUGUUAUUAGUGGUGCUUCGUCCGCUUCCCCGCCCCCCUCCCCCGUUAAAUCGUGACGUUUUAACAAAUUGUUUUUGGUAAAAAUAAUUUCACAGCGUAUGUGUUUUGGGUUUUAUUUUUUUAAUGUUUUUUCUUCUUGCUCAAAGCAUAAAUUACCGUACUUGCUGUGUAUAUAUCUGGCUGAGUAGCCGUUGUUUACCUCGGUAUCUUGUCACCAAGCUGCUACAGCAGCAGUCGGCUUAUCUACCAAGUCUGACUUUAAUUACGACUAAAUCUCUGCUCCAUCUCUUUACGGGUAACUUUAGAAAAGACAUCGGAGAAUGCUUUUAUGCAUUUUCCCCCCUGCCAUGCAUCGACUCUUAACUGAAAGCUGCCAAAGCUGUGAUUAAAGCAAGCUGAGAGAAGCUAGCAACAGAAGAAAGAGAACCAUUUGAUGGAAGAAAAGAAAAAGAAAAAACAAGAAGAAAAGACCAAGAAGGAAAUCGCUCAGAAAAAGGCUGCUGAUCAGAAACCCAAAGACAUAUCCCUCCAGUGUGGCCCUGGUGCCCAGUAUGAGAUCUCUUAUUGGGGAGCCUCUGUACCAGUUGAGAGCCCAUCAAGUGCCAACAGCUGGGACAAAGUGAUUAUUGACAAGAGUGAUACAGAAGCUUGGCCCUCCAUCAGCCGCAGUAGUGACCCCAGCAACCCUGUAACAACAGAAUGCCCCUCGGGCUCCACCAGCUCUAACCUAGACACCAGUGCUGUCACUACUACCUGUAGGAGUAGUUUUGUGAGUAUGGCCACAGGCGCAGCAGGCCAGCAGGCCCACUACCCCUCUCUCAAAGCUAACAAUAACAUGAUGACAGGACCUGGAUCAACCAACGCAUUAGUAGGUAAUAGAGGCUGGGUUUCAGAUGGUAAACAAGAUGGUAUGAAUAGUGGCAGAGUUGGAGCGCCCAAUAACUGGGGCUCUUCCAAUUUUAACUUGAAUCUCAACCCAAAUGCCAACCCUUCAGCCUGGCCUGUUCUGGGCCAUGAGAGUGUUGGAGGUGGUACCACUGGGGUGUCCAGCUCUUCAUCCCUUCCACCAGGCAUAAAUGGCAAUGGAAAUUUAGGAAAUGGGAACAUGGGAGGUGCUGAUAACGGUGGGGGAAGUUGGGUUGGCAUGAUGAGUGCUACAGAAAAUGAGCAACAGCACCCUUCAACCAACACAAACUUGUCCUUCAAUAUGGAGCCUGUUAACCUUAACACUGAUGGACCAAACCACACUAAACAACAACAAGCUCAGGAGCCUAUGAGCCCAAUCCAUGGUUUAACUGGUUGGGGAGGCCAGUCACCCACUGAGUCAUCCCAGCUCAAUGGGGAUACAACCGGCAGCUCUGUAUGGGGUAGUGGAGAAACCAAGGCAGCUGACUCCCCCAAGGACUCCAGCUGGGACUCAACAACAUCUGGAGGCCUCUCUGCUUGGGGUCGCCAAGGCAGUGGUGGUGGGAGUAGUGGAAGUGGUGGCUGGGGUGACUGGGGGAAAUCCUCUGCCGGUGGAGAAGCAUCUAAAGGUUGGGACUCCAUAGAUGCUGGUAGUUCUGGCUCAGGCCAAGACCAGCAACUAAGCUCUUGGGGCCAGCAGCUUGGAACAGCCCCAGCAAGUGAGGACAGUGGGGACAGCAGUGAAGGUCGAUCCCAUCGUAGAGACAGAUCCUCCAGCAUGGAAUUUGCCCCUUUGCUACCACGGCAAGACCUUGACCCUAGAGUCCUGAGUAACACAGGUUGGGGACAGACCCCCAUCCGACAGAACACUGUAUGGGAGAUGGAAGAAGCAAACUCUGAUGAUGGAAAGAGCAGUAGCAGCUCAGACACCAUAGGCGCCUCCAGCUCUAAUGGCGGACCCUCAUCUACCAAUGGCACCAUAACUCCUACCAUUGCUCCCAGGCCUGGAUCUGGAGGGAAAAGUGACAGUGAAGGCUCUUCGUCUUCUGGAUGGGGAGCUCCAGUAUCUCAGCCAGUCCAGACAGGAUCAGGAUGGGGUGACCCCCCACAGUCACUCAGUAAAGCUCCAAAUGGCACUACUAGUGGCUGGGGAGAUCCUUUGCCUUCCAAUGGUCCCAAAAAUGGGGGUACCUCAUCCUGGGGUUCAGAGGACAAGUCAUCCAGCUGGGACAAUGGCCUAGUGAAAAGCCAGCCUACUAGCUGGGGAGAAGGCCCCAAAAAUGCCCAUGGGUGGGGCAAUAGUAAUGGUGGUUCUAAUGGCUCCACCACAGGGGAAUGGGGAGAGCCAGACAUCAAGAAUAAUGGUUCCUCUAGCAGCAUGUGGGAAGGAGAAGGAAAUAAUGGAGGAAAUAGUGGAUGGAAGGAAAGUCCUCGAGGAGGAAAUGGAGGAGGCUGGGGCAAAACUCCUGCUGUGAGUAAUAGCAGCUGGGGGGAGACCUCACGUGCCAAUGGCCCAGUGCAGAGUGGCUGGGGCUCCUCCAAGCCACAAGAAAGCAGCAGCAGCAGCACUGGUAGUGGAGGAGGUGGAAGUAUUGGUUCUUGGGGAGGUCCCAGUUCUGUGAAGCAGAACAACUCUAGCUGGGGUAAUGUCAGCAAACAGGACCAAGGUAUGGAGCCUACUGGUUGGGAAGAGCCCUCUCCUCCCUCCAUUCGUAGGAAGAUGGAGAUUGACGAUGGAACAUCCACCUGGGGGGAUCCCAGUGCCUACAACAAGACAGUCAACAUGUGGGAUCGUAACAAUCCCAAUAGUAACCCAGGCAACAGCGGCCCCCCUCCAAGUAAGAAUGGCGGAAUGAUUAUUCCCAACAAUAACAACAACAAUCACUCCGUUGGACCUGGCAACAACAAUCACCAUCACCCUCACCCUCACCACAUGCACCACCAUCCUCAUCAUGGCCAGCCCCCAACUCACCUGCAACACCAUGGAAACAACAAUGGGUCGCCCAACAAUGCUGCAUCACAUCCAAGUGUGGGGCCCCAAGGCAGACCCACCCUCUCCAACCCAGGCUGGGGGGAGAUUCCAAGUGUUCAGCCCAAGUCAGAGCCUGCUUGGGGAGAGCCAGCAGCUCCAACAUCAGCUGUGGACAAUGGUACCUCAGCCUGGGGCAAGCCCCCAGGUGGGGUAGGAGGAUGGGGAGACGGUGGCCAUGAGUCCUCUGGCCCCUAUGGCAGGGGAAGUGGACCCCCAGGUUCUGCACCUUGCAAGCCAGGCCCAAAACCUAUGCAAGAUGGCUGGGGAAAUGGAGGGGAAGAGAUGGGCAUGUCUACCAGCCAAUGGGACACUGAGGAUGGGGAUGUAUGGAACAGCCCAACCUCCCAGGAGAGCAGCUCUUCUUGUAACUCCUGGAGCAAUGGACCCAAGAAGUGCCCAAACAAGGGGAAGAUGGGCAACAAGCCAGAUGAGGCCUGGAUUAUGAACCGUCUCAUCAAACAACUCACUGACAUGGGCUUUCCGAGAGACCCUGCUGAGGAGGCAUUGAAGAGCAACAAUAUGAACCUUGACCAGGCUAUGACUGCUCUUUUAGAGAAGAAAACAGACCUGGACAAGCGGGGCAUGGGCAUGUCUGAUUACAGCAAUGGCAUGAACAAGCCUUUGGUGUGUCGGCCUUCCGCACUCUCCAAAGACCCCUCCGAACGCACCGCCUUCCUCGACAAGGAUGGUGUCCUGUCAGAUGACACCCCCCCAUCACCAUUUUUGCCUUCCCCCAGCCUGAAGCUCCCCCUGGCCAAUAGUAGCCUUCCUGGGCAGGGUCUGGGACAGGGCAACCCGGGGCUGGCCAUGCAAAACUUGAACAGACAGAUACCCAGUGGAAUGUUUGGCAGUAGUGGAGCAGCACAAACCCGGGCCAUGCAGCAGCAGCCUCCUCAGCCACCAGUGCCACCUCUCAGCUCCUCCCAGCCUAGUCUACGUGCUCAAGUGCCUCAGUUUCUCUCCCCUCAGGUCCAAGCACAGCUCUUGCAGUUUGCAGCAAAAAACAUUGGUCUGAACCCUGCACUUUUAACUUCACCAAUAAACCCUCAACAAAUGACCCUGUUGUACCAACUUCAGCAACUGCAAAUGGCGUACCAGCGUUUACAAAUCCAGCACCAGAUGAUGCAGGCGCAGCGCAAUGUUUCCGGCCCUAUUAGACAACAAGAGCAGCAAGUUGCACGUACAAUCACCAACAUGCAGCAGCAGAUCCAGCAGCACCAGCGUCAGCUGUACCAAGCACUGCUGAUGAAGCAGCAACAACUUCCCUCUCAUUCCUCUUCUUCUUCCUCCUCCGCUGGUCUGCAUCCCCCCGGUGGCCCUGCCGGAGGCCCCGGCUCUGGCAAAUCAACCCUGGACCCCUUCACAGGCACUCACCAGGCUCCGAGCCUCGCCGAUACACUGCACACCAAAGAGCCGCCGUCGUCGCCCAGCGCCUACAGCACCUAUCCUCUCUCUGGACUGAAUCCAAACAUGAAUGUAAACUGCAUGGAGGUUGGGGGUCUGUCCCUUAAGGAGCCCCCUCAGCCCCAAUCCCGCCUGUCCCAGUGGACACACUCCAACUCCAUGGACAACCUCUCUGGCAACUCUUCAAAUCUGGAGAACAACCUCAAUAAGCACGGUGCCAUAUCUGCUGCCUCGACCCUGGUCCCUCCUGGGAAGCCUCCUCAGCUGGAGGACUCAUACAGCCCUUACAAUCUAAUCUCCAGCUCUGAGUCUCCCACCAGCCCCCUCGUGCCCCCUGAUUGGGGCCAGGGCAAGAGUCCCAGUGAAAAGAUCUCCAAUGGGACCAACAUUAACUGGCCCCCAGAGUUCUGCCCAGGGGUGCCAUGGAAAGGCCUUCAGAACAUCGACCCUGAGAAUGACCCCAAUAUGACCCCUGGCAGCGUCCCCAGCGGUCCCACCAUCAACACCAACAUCCACGACGUCAACCGUUACCUGCUGCGAGACAGGAAUGGAGGUAAACUGUCUGACAUGAAAUCCACCUGGUCCCCAGGGCCCAUCUCUCAGAGUCAAGCUUCUCUGUCCCACGAGCUUUGGAAAGUCCCACAGGGGCCACGCAGCACCACAGCCCCAUCACGGCCUCCGCCAGGCCUCACUAACACCAAGCCCUCCUCCACCUGGGGAGGCAAUUCGCUGGGUUUGUCUCAAGGCUGGAGCGGCUCAUACUCCUCUGAGGGAACCACAUGGAGUACAGACAGCUCCAACAGAACCAGCAGCUGGCUGGUGCUGAGGAAUCUCACCCCACAAAUUGAUGGUUCAACUCUGCGGACCCUGUGUAUGCAGCAUGGCCCCCUGAUCACAUUCCAUCUCAACCUGACCCAGGGGAAUGCUGUGGUGCGCUACAGCUCCAAGGACGAGGCUGCCAAGGCCCAGAAGUCCCUGCACAUGUGCGUGCUCGGAAAUACCACAAUCCUGGCGGAGUUUGCCGGCGAGGAGGAAGUGAACCGCUUUUUUGCACAAGGCCAGUCGCUGGGGGCAAACACCACGAGCUGGCAGGCCAACCCGGGAACCAAUCAAAACCGAAUGGGCGGGGCAGCGCAGUCCCACUCAAUUGGCCAGUGGAGCAGCAGCGCCGGCGGAGGCAAGGCCAGCGGAGGCGACCUGCUGUGGGGCGGUGUGCCUCAGUACUCCAGCCUGUGGGGUCCGCCCAGUGGAGAGGACGCACGCGUGAUUGGGAGCCCCACCCCUAUUAACACCCUGCUGCCUGGAGAUCUGCUGAGUGGGGAGUCCAUGUAGGAUGAUGCCACGACACACUAACCAACCAACCAACUAACUCACCGCCACCAUGUCAUGUAAGCCAUUGGUGGAGGGUGGGGUGGAUUUAAAAAAAAAAAAAUAAAAAAAAAUCAAUGUGAACAGGAGCAAAACCCAAGCAAAUCAUGUGGCGAUAAUCAGUAUCAAUUUGAACUGUUUGAACUGUGAAUUGUAAAUCAGAAGGUUGGGGUCAUUACCACAGACUGCAGACCUCAGUCCUUUUGUUUUACUUUGGUCCUUUUCUCAUUUGGUUUGCCUUUUUUUGUUUUUGUUUUUUUUGAGGGAAAAACAGCCCUUUUUUCCUCUUGGUAUUUUUUAAAAUGCAUUAUAUUAAAAAAAACUGAAGUGAGACACAACACAAAGAAACCUUUUAACUGUUUUAAUAGUUUUUCCAUAAGUAUACAUGGCAUUCUGUGGGAGGAUUUCUUUUUAGGAGAAGCAAUCAAAGCUGCCAUCUGAGACUUUCCUUUUCCCUCCUAAAAACAAACAAACAAAAAAAUCAUCCCAAAAUAAGACUUACAACAACCAUUCCCAGCAUAUCCAUGGCCAAUGAUGUUGUUCAAAGACCUUUACUAGUUAUGUUAAUGUUUGUUUCUCAGCACUAAUAUUAGCCUUAAGUGCUCUCUGGCCCAGGUCCUUCCCAAGCCGUCUUUGUUUUUUGUUCUUUUUUUUGUUUUGUAACUGAAGAAAAAGCUGAAAUCUUGCACAGUUUCACCUCUGAGCCAGCGAGCGGUACAGGACACAACUGGUGACUGACUUUGUCGCCAGGCAGUAAGAAGGCCUGGCCUGGCCACGUGACUGGCACUACCAAUCAUCUAUGUAUUAUUUUAAUUUGUCUUAAAGGGAUUGACACAGUUGUUUUUUUUGUUGUUGUUGUUUUGUUUAGUUUUUUUGGUAGGCCUAAAUCCAAGCAAAAGUUUUGACACCCAUCACAAGGAAUAAGCUGAGAGAAGAUUAUUUGUCAGCCUUGCUGCGUUUGUCCGUUUCCUUAUGAAUACGUAUGUCCGGUGGCACCUAAUCAUUGACCUCUGUGAGCCCGGAUCCUUCUGGUCACCUUUAAAAUCGGAACCCAGUUGCUUUCUGGUGCUUUGUCGAAUUUUCUAAUGACAGAUUUGUUAUGAAGCCCAGCGGCCUUUAUGGUCGGCCAAUUUUCGGAGGAAAAAAAAACUCAAUUCUACUUUCAAGUGACAGUUACAUUGUGCAAUAUACACCAUAGACCUUUCUUCCGUCCACACUCGAUGUCCACCGGAGCUGGUUUGUCUAAUAUUUUUGUUUUCUUGUUUGUCUUUUUUGUUUUGAAUGUUGCUGAUUUCAGCAAAAAGACUUUGGAACUUCAAAAAAAAAAAAACACCUUACCCCCAUUUUUCAAAACUUGGAUUCCCUCCAGACCACCAGUCCCCUUGAAACUGUUGGGAAAAUUCUGCAAAGAGGAAGAAGCAGCUGUUGAACUGUGUAUGCAGCAAAUUGUACUAAAAAGUGACACUGGGGUACACAACAAUGCACACUUCCUCUCUGCGUGCCACAGCCACACCCAACAGAGACUGAAACCACAGCGGGAUUGGAUGGUUCUGGGCAUCUGGCACAAUACCAAAUAAGAGGGGUUUCUCCUAAUGCAGUAGACCUACGAGUGUUCCUUGCGUUUGGUACUGUACAAACAGAAGAGACUAAGAUUUUUUUUUGAGUUCUAAGGGUUUUAUCAUAGCACUUAUGAAGAGCAAAUCGCUUCAACUGCAAUCCAAUAAAUCAAAAAGGAGCAGCAAAAACGAUGAAAACAACAACAAAAAAAGUACUGCUCUUUUAUGUACUGUAUCUAUUCCAUGGAAACGUGUCUGGCGUUGUUCCUCUGGUAGCAGGCUGAAGGGAAACAAAACUGAACUGUACCAUUGGACUUUUGGGGGAAAAAAACUUCACUCUUGGUUUUUUCCCCUUCUUUGAACUAUAUCAACGUGAUUAUCACUGUUACUCCAAAAUUUGUUAGCCUUGCUCUCUUUGGAGGCUCUAGACUUUGCAGUGUCAGUGGUCUCUGACACCCGCUGGACAGCCAAUCCGGUCAGUCGGUGGUUGAGUCAGAGUGGGGUGAGGUGGGGGAGUGUCCACUGAGUGCCUCUUUGCUGUGGUCCUCUGGAUGUCGAGCGGCAGCCCCACAGCGCAGCACUUCCUCCUGGGCUCCACUUGACCGUCUCUCAGUCUGGCAAGAAAAACAGAUCCUCCGGGACUGGCCAAUCACGGCUCUCUGCCACACACACGGCAUCUCCAACAGGGGCCCACUACCACUCGACCCUGCUGUCAUCCUGCCCUCUCCCCCACCUCCCAUCUCUCAGUUCUUUGACACAAAGAUCACUUUAGCUGGAAGAUGUAAUAGUCAUAUUUCUGGAAUUUUUGCCAGUGUACUUUGUAUUUUUUGGAAAAGAUCAUUUGACUUUUUUUUUUUCCAGUGUGUUAUAUUGUUAUUUUUAUCUACAUGCAGUGGUCUACAAAGUACUGGCUGCUGAACUAGCCCUUCACUGUUCAUAUGCAGAAACACUUUGGUCAGAGGUGCCUCUGUAUGUUCAUCCUGUGUAUUGAAUGCAAAAUGAGGAUCAAUACUACAGACCGUUAAUGAUUGUCUAUUUGUUUUUAACUGAUCAUGCUUUCUUCGUUUGACAGUAUUCUGUAGUACUUCCAGGUAGUAUCUUGAGAUGUGUAAGAAAAAAAAAAGGUGUCUCAGACGGGGAUGUGGGUGUUUGCCGCUCCAAGCUGCUCCGCCUGCCCGCAGGCUGUCCCCCCUUGCCCUUUGCCUAGCUGCUAUGCUAUGACCUCCUCUCCUCCUCCUCCUCCACCACAAGAAGACCCAGUAGCCCUCCCCUGACCAGGCACCUACAGGCCCUCAUAUCUGUUUCUAUGCAAAAAGACGAGAGGCUGGGGCCCUUUACAGCACGCCAAAGCUGUCUUGGGAAUGAGCACUCCUCCCAGAGCUUGGCAUAUCCUAACAAUUGUCCCCCACGCGCUCCUGUCAGCACUUCAAACUGGCCGCAGUUUCUGUAAAGUCAGGCUCAGCCACCAGAACACUGUCAUGUACCUAAAAGUCAGAACACUUUAUCAAAAGGUCGGCCUUUCUCUCUGAGCUGAAGACGCUUCUGUCCAGCUUGAUCUCAGGGUAGGGGAGUUGAUGAUACAAAGUAUGAGAUGCACCUCUCCGUAUCUGUCCUUUCUACUGUGAGAGCAAAGUCUAAAACUUCGAAGGCCAUCUGCACGCAGCAGGACGUACAGACCUCAUGCCUCGAAACUGAAUCCUUAUUGUAGGGGGAAGAGGCUCGCAUUGAAUCCUCUUCCCAAAAAGAUGGCCUCUUGUUACUGUUUGGGGAGACAUUAUUGCAUGUAAAAAGAUGCCAAUGUAUUGUGCCAAUAUAAAUUUGCUGUGUCAUACUGUAUAUUUAUAGAGAGCACGUCUGUUCCCUGUUUGGAGGAGCUUUGAUGACCUUUGCAGAGGGUGUAGGGGGGGACAGGAGGGAUCAAACAAAAGGGCGGCAGCAUCACACCCUGAAGCGACUGAGAUUUUUUUUUAUGCUUUUGUGGGGAAUGCCCCAAGCUAAGGAGAAAAUCUUUACUCAGUUGGGGGUUCCAGUUUGCUACAGUGCACAGUUGAUGAUGGGUAAUCCCGGGUACAUAUUUUUUUAAAAACCAAAAAUGAAAUCGCAUUUUAACGUCAUUUUUAUGAAGUUUGACAUAAAAAUCUUAAAAAUGCUAAAAAAUCUAAAUGGAAAAAAAAAAGAUCUAUAAUAUGUUAAAAGCUCUGCACUUCUAGCUGAAACGUCUCUGGUCAUCAGCCUCUGCUACCAACAUCUAAAGGAGCAGAGCGGUGGCUGGGGUGCCUUUUUUUGUGGAUGCUGUAUUUAUCUCGUUUUACGUUUUGUGUCCUGCUCAAAGCAGGCCCACUGAACUGUACAUUUCCACAGACCCAGAUGGCUUGGGCCCACUGUAUCAGCCUCACUCUCUGAUUCUGCAUCAGCAGGAGCAGAGAGGCACAUUUCAAGAGGUACAAAGUCUUAAAAAUGAAACAAAAAAACAAAAAAAAAGCUUAAAAAAUAUAUAUUAAAAAAAUAAAAAUAAGAAAACGGGAAAAGGCUACCUUUCAGGACUUGCAGUCCUUCAGCACACAAGCAAAAAUCACUAUUGCCUGUUUCUGUAACUGCCUUGAUCCAAGCUCAGACAGACCCAAUAGCCGAGGACCUCCCAGCAUCCUGUACUAACUGGAGAACCCUGACAGUGAAGGGGGUUUCCCAUGCUGCACCAGCAUCGAGAGGCUCUCCUCUCUACAGCUCUGUUCUAGAUAGCAGUAUAUGUAUACACUACAUAUAAAUAUAUAUAUCUAUAUAUAUAUAUAUAUAUAUACUGUGAGUACGGUGUGUGGUAUCACCUCUUCAGACUUCUUGGAUCGUAACCUCUGAAACUUUCAUUUUAGUUUGAAAGGUCUUGGUUUAACACAGCUGAAAAUGAGCAAUAUGUAUUUUCCCCGCAAAUAAGUGAGACAAAGGAAAGAAUUUGGGUCGGGUGUAAACUGAUACUUGACUGAUUGAAAGCAAAGUCUUUCUUGUACGGAGUCAGAUAUGCACGUUCUGGUUUUGAUGACAUAUUACAGUACUAUGAAGUGUUUGUACUGUAUAUGUGUGUUAUUUGUUUGUUAAUUAGGCUGUCUAAAAGCCCAACCUGAAUCACCUGGUUUAAUGCAUAUUUUACCCAGUUGAUUUAAAAAAAAAAAAAAGAAAUCACAAACAUAUCAAAACAAAACAAAACAUUGAACAGAAAUACUUGAAUCAUUGAACGCCAAUAACAUAAUGUGAAGUCAGUAAUUAUUAUUUUUUUGUUCUUUCCAUCUGACAGGUACACUUAGGGGCUUUUAGAGAAUAUCAGAUGUGUAUUGCAUUAAGUUACAAAUACAAAAUCUUUGAAAAAAACAAAGUCAUCUUCGAUGUGUGCUUGAAAGUCAGAUGUUUGUAUGAAUGUGUGCUCAAGAAACUGUGUGUACAGGGCACAUGGCCUGCUGUUAUGUUCCACUCAGUACGUUAUAUUUUGUGUCUGUUUAUAUCUUCUUUUUUUCGUUGUUGUUAUUGUUGAUGAUCUGUCAAAAACUAUUCUGAUAGACGUUGUUAUCUUCUAACGUUGCACUGAGUGUCUUCUACCCCUCACUCAGCUAAUCGUAGUUAAACGAGUCUAAGUACGGAGGGGCGAUGGUGACAAUUCAUGUGUACAUGUUUACUCAAGGACUUUGUUUUUCCAUUCUGUAAAAAGUUUAUCUACCUUAUAGUGGCUUUUAUUGUGGAAUAAUCCAAUACAAGGAUUAUCUUGAGUAUUGCACCAUUUUGUUCCAAUUAUAUAAAAAAAAAUAGGAAAAAAAAUUAAAAAAAGAAAAAUGUGCAAAAAAAAUGAUAAAAGAAAAAAAGAGUAACAAAAAAACAAAGAACUGUGGCCAUAGAUAGCUGUAGAAGGACUAGUAAUCCCGAUUUUAACUUCAUGGAGAGACGGAAAGGGAUAAAGUGUGGGAGGUGAGUUUGUUAUAAGACUCAUUUCAGAGGUGCCUAUCUUUUCUUUUUUUCUUUUGCAAAAGCCACCUGUCGUUUACAAAGCAUUUCAUUGUCUGAGUUCAAGGAAACAGGAAUUUAAAACAGGAAUGUUUUUUGGUUUUGUUUUGUUUUUUAAGGACAAAUUUUAUCUUCCAUCAAAUAUGGACAUGAAAAUCUUGCAAAAUGAAGAUUUAUGCUACUUUCAGAACUCUGGGAUUGAUCAGUGUUGUCAUAUUUCAAUUUUUAAUUUCUCUUUUAGUGUCGAUGGACUAUCUCUGUAUGUGUUACGUGGUGAUUUUAUGUUUUCUGUAAUACUGCGACGCAGUUUACUCACUAUCUUGCACACUCAUUAAAAAAAAACAAAAAAGAUGUGGAUUUUGUCUCAGGAAGGCCAGGGUUCCAGAUACCAACUCCAUCAUUUCUAGGUUUGAUGUUCGUGUGAAAAUAAGCAACUGAGAACUAUUAAACUCCAAGAAAGCACUGAAGUUUAUGAGUUUAACAGAAUAUAGAGAGUACCAUUGUUUCUUUAAAACAACAAAAAAUGUUCGUAGCAAGUCACAUAUUUACCAAAUAAGACUAAGAAUCAACUUUGAGAAAAGUGGAGCGCUUUACAUGUGAAAUUUGAAGUAGAAAUUGCUUUACAUUUAAACGCGAUCAGUGGUUUGUCAUUAUGACAAUGACAGAAAAAUGCAUUUGUAUGUUUUGACUUUGAGUUUCCAUCCUGUAGUUCAGGAGCACGUGCAAGACACUUUUUGUUUGUUUGUUUGUUUUAAAAUCAUCUCUCCUGCCUGUUAACAUGUCAGUUCCUGUGACAGGUAUUCGAUAGCUGAGAGAUUUCUUAACAUGUAACAGAUGAUUUUCAGAGGCAUGUUGAAGAGGAGGAAUAAAGCUGGUUUUUAAUGGAUCAUGAUCUAUGCACAAGUGGGAGGGAGGAGUCCGAACCCUGCUGCUGUACUGCGGGCGUUUGUCGACUCAGACUCUGGGGUUCAGGGUUUGAUGGAGGGUUUUCAUUUUUUUGUGUGUUUUUUGCUGAAAUUUCUUCCACUCCCAUCCCACCCAUUGUCAUCUAAUGUUUUAGCAAAUUUUACAUUGCGUCGUCAUGCUGUGUAAUCCUUAACCAAUGAGCGCUUAUCCUUCUGCUAAAGCACUGUGGGUUGUACUGAGGAAAAAACAAAAAGAAGCCCGUUACUUUUAAGGCUGUCUGUUUUUUAAGGGGAGGACGGCGGGUGGGUUGUGGGAGUGGGGGUACUUUGCCUUUGCCUUUCUCUUUACUUUGAAGAAAAAAAAAAGAAGUAAAAUUGUCUGUAACUGAAAUACAAAGUUGUGGCUUUUAAUGUUGUUCUUUUUUUCUCCUCAUAGAAUGUGAUUGUUAAAGACAUGCACCGAAAAAAAAAAAAUGUUUCCAUGGAUUAUGGAGCUUCUUUCGGACUAUAUUAAUAAACUGCAAAUUUUCUUGUCUGUUA